AUGAAGAUUAGACCUUGUAAUUUUAUUUUAUAUUUCCAAAUUGUGAUUUUCUUGGUGUUAUUUGUAGGUGUGAAUUCUCAAUUAACACCAAAUUUUUACUUAAAAACAUGUCCAAAUCUUCUUAGAGUUGUUCGUAAAGAAGUUCAAAGUGCAAUCAAGAAUGAAAUAAGAAUGGCUGUUUCUUUGCUCCGUCUUCACUUCCACGAUUGCUUUGUCAAUGGUUGUGAUGCAUCAUUGUUGUUGGAUGGAAAUAGUUGUACAAGUGAGAAGUUUACUCCAGGAAAUUUGAACUCAGCAAGAGGAUAUGAAGUGAUAGACAAUAUAAAAACUGUUGUUGAGAAUACAUGUAGUGGAGUUGUUUCUUGUGCAGAUAUAUUAGCUAUAGCUGCAAGAGAUUCAGUGUUACUGAGUGGAGGGCCAUUUUGGAAGGUGUUAUUAGGGAGAAGAGAUGGAUUAGCUGCUAAUUUUUCUGGAUCAAGUAAUGGACUUCCAGCACCAUUUGAUCAUCUUAAUACAAUUAUUUCUAAAUUCCAGGAUGUUGGAUUAAACUUAACAGAUGUUGUGAGCCUAUCAGGUGCACAUACAAUUGGAUUAGCAAGGUGUACAACAUUUGACAAUAGAUUAAGAAACUUCAAUGGGACAAGUUCACCAGACACAACAUUAGACACAACCUUAGUAAGUGAACUUCAAAAUUUGUGUCCAUCCACAAGUGAUGGAAACAACACAACCCCACUUGAUAGAAAUUCCACAAAUUUAUUUGACAAUCAUUAUUUCAAGAAUUUGAUUAAUGGAAGAGGACUUCUUGAAUCAGACCAAAUCUUGUUCUCUAGUGAUGAUGCUAUAACAACAACAACAAAAACCCUAGUUGAGACAUAUAGUAAUAGCUCUAAGUUUUUCUUCAAUGACUUUGUUAAUUCCAUGAUUAAGAUGGGAAAUAUUAGUCCUUUGACUGGAUCGAACGGUCAAAUCAGGACGAACUGUAGGGUUGUUAAUUAAU